AACCAGCUCAUUUGGUGGGAGACGCUCGAGAGAGCAAGAUGUUCUCGUGUUGCUUCCCCACUUCGAGAGGCUGCUGCUUCAGGAAUGGAGGGAGUGAGAGCUUUUUCCGGCGAUGCCGAAGAAGGCUCAUCCCUCACCCCAGACGCCUGUGGCCCUUUGUAAGAAGGCGCACCCGGGUACCACAGGGCAGCGCAGGGCAGGCCCUAGUGGGCCAGGCCACACCAGAGAUCCCAUCGGGGCUGCAUCUGCACACUGCCCUCCUCCAGGAGGAGAUUCGGGAGCCCAUGGAGGCAGAGGCACAUGCUCUUACUCCAUAUGCAGAAAUAGAAGCAUUUCCAGCACCAGCUGUUGAGCCAGAGCCAGCAUGGGAAGAGCCCCCUCCAGAGACAGCGCUGGAGGUGGAGGGAGCUCCAGCCAAGGACCAACCCAAGGAGGAGCUGCCUGAAAUCACGGCACCUACUGUAGUCACUGACCUUAGCCCUGAAGUUGAACAUGUGGCAAGAGAGAGAGGCGGCAGGGAGGGGGUGACCAGCACGGCCCCAGCCAGGAGCUCCCAUGCUGCCCCUAGUCCUGGGCACGGUGGCAACCAUGGAGGUAGAGAGCCUGGGUUUGGAGAGAGGCUUGUGUCAUUCAUUAGAGCCGCAGUCCUGCUGCUGCAGGGCCUGUUUAUUCUCCUGCUGCUGGUGGGGUCUAUCUGGGUGCAGGAGGUGCUGGAGAGCAUGAAGAGGAGGCUGGGAGGAAGAAUUCCAGCAGUUCCUCCUGCACUCAGAGGCGGCCUCCUCCUCCGGGCACGGAUGUCUGCCUGCAACUGGGCAUCCAGGCUGUUUGCCCCUGAAGUGCUGCCCAGGAUGGGCUCUUAAAAGGCCGGCAGGGGGUGAGGGGACCAGGAGGCUCCAAAGGGUAGAGCAAGCAAAGUUUUAAAGACUGUCUUUGUGCCCCAGGAUCUCCGUGCCACCACCUGCCCUAGCAUUUAUUAAUACUAUUAGAAUUAUAAGUUGAUGGAACUACAUUUCAAUAAAGUUUGAUUCAUGAAA